AUGCGUGAGAUUGUUCAUAUCCAAGCUGGUCAAUGUGGCAAUCAAAUUGGAGCCAAGUUUUGGGAGGUGAUUUCGGAUGAGCAUGGCAUCGAUCCUACAGGCUCCUAUCACGGGGACUCAGAUCUCCAGUUGGAGCGGAUCGACGUGUAUUACAAUCAAGCUGGACCGAAAUACGUACCUCGCGCGAUUCUUGUGGACCUUGAGCCCGGCACGAUGGAUUCUGUGCGCUCAGGCCCGUUUGGCCAGAUAUUCCGACCAGACAACUUCGUAUUCGGACAAUCAGGAGCUGGCAAUAACUGGGCCAAGGGUCACUACACGGAAGGAGCCGAAUUGGUCGAUUCGGUGCUCGACGUAGUGAGGAAAGAGGCGGAGGGCUGCGAUUGUCUUCAGGGUUUUCAGCUUACACAUUCACUGGGAGGCGGUACUGGCUCUGGAAUGGGCACUCUGCUCAUCACAAAAAUCCGAGAGGAAUACCCGGACAGGAUCAUGAGUACUUUCUCUGUGGUACCCUCCCCUAAGGUUUCCGACACCGUUGUGGAGCCCUACAAUGCCACUUUGUCGGUGCACCAACUGGUGGAGAAUACGGAUCAAGCUUAUUGCAUCGACAAUGAAGCUCUUUACGACAUUUGUUUCCGUACUCUGAAGCUGAACACUCCUACAUACGGUGACCUGAAUCACUUGGUUUCCGCUACCAUGUCCGGUGUGACAACCUGUCUCAGAUUUCCUGGCCAAUUGAACGCCGAUCUGAGGAAGCUCGCGGUGAACAUGGUGCCCUUCCCACGUUUGCACUUUUUCAUGCCCAGUUUCGCGCCGCUCACAUCUCGAGGGAGCCAACAGUACCGUGCGCUUACCGUACCGGAGCUCACCCAGCAAAUGUUCGACGCGAAGAAUAUGAUGGCGGCCUGCGAUCCUCGUCACGGUCGUUACCUCACCGUCGCGGCGGUCUUCCGCGGCAGAAUGUCCAUGAAGGAGGUGGACGAGCAGAUGCUCAACAUCCAGAAUAAGAACAGCUCGUAUUUCGUCGAAUGGAUACCAAACAACGUAAAGACUGCCGUCUGCGAUAUCCCGCCUCGCGGUCUUGAGAUGUCCUCCACCUUUAUCGGCAACUCGACGGCUAUUCAAGAAUUAUUUAAGAGAAUUUCGGAGCAGUUCGCCGCCAUGUUCAGAAGGAAAGCUUUCCUGCACUGGUAUACCGGCGAAGGCAUGGACGAGUUGGAGUUCAACGAGGCGGAAUCGAACGUGAACGAUCUGGUGUCGGAGUAUCAACAGUAUCAGGACGCGAAGGCAGAGGACGAGGAACUGAUGGACGAGGAGGAAAUGGAGAAAUAGAAG